CGAUACUUCAGUACCCGGAAGUGGAUGGUGCUCAACACGUUUCAAUUGUAAUGGAUGGCCAGCUGACGUAAACUUGUAUCUGAUAUUAAUAAUGUUCCGAUUCUACAUAACAGCAAAACCAUAACGUUGAAUUGGAUAUAUAUAUAUAUGUUACAGUAUUUAUAAAAUAACAAAAAUACAGUCAUGGAAGAUGUAACGAUAGAGACAGCCGAGGAGAUCUUAGCCAAGCAACAUCGCAAGGAGAAGAAGGACCUGCAAGCUCAAAUCCAGAGCAUGAAAAAUGCUGUCCCCAAAAAUGACAAGAAGAGGCGUAAACAGCUGACUGAGGACAUUGUGAAGCUGGAGGCUGAGCUGAAUCAGAAACACAACGAGGAGCUCCAACAACUGGACUCGUCAGGAGAGAAGACGGUGGACGAUGUGAAUGGAGUAGAGUCCCUGGCUUUGGAAGGAGAGGAGGAGCAGAAAGAUACCAAACAAGUGGGAGGUCCGUCCAAGGCACAGAAGAGGCGGGACAAGAAGGCAGCCGCGGAGAAGGAGAGAGAGCGUCGUAUAGCGGAGGCUGAGGUGGAGAACCUGUCUGGGCUGCGACACCAGGAGGGACUGAAGUUGUCCCAGAAACUGGUGGAACGCCAGCUGCAGAUCAGGGAGAUUUCCUCAGAUGGUCACUGUAUGUACCGCGCUGUGGAGGACCAGUUGGGGCAGCAUGGCUUAUGUCUGACCCUGAAGGACCUCCGGGACCAAACCGCUCAGCACAUGAGGAGCCACACAGACGACUUCCUUCCCUUCCUCACCAACACCAACACAGGGGACAUGUACACGCCUGAUGAGUUUGACAAGUAUUGCCGUGAUGUGGCAGACACGGCCGCCUGGGGUGGACAACUGGAGCUGAGAGCUCUGACACAGGUCCUUCAACGGCCAAUAGAAGUGCUCCAAGCUGAUUCCCCAGCUAUAAUGAUUGGAGAGGAGUUUGACAAGUCACCCAUCACCCUUAUGUUAGUACCAUUUACAUGCGUCAUGCGUACGGACUGGGAGAACACUACAACUCAGUGGAACGUAUGAAAGACCCUGCUACUCAAGAGGAGACCUGAGACUCUCAUUCAGUUCCGUUAUAAAGAAUGAUAAAGUCAACUAUACCGAAUGAAUAAAUAAACACAACAUGUAAA